AUGUUCUUCACCCGCGCCCUCUUUGCCCGCUCGGUCUGGAAAGGCCCCAACAUCGUCCCCAUUGAUAUCCCUCACAACUUCUCCGCCAGCUCACCCCCAAUCCGCACCACGAAACGCGCAGCAACUAUCCUCCCCAACUUUGUCGGCCUGCGCUUCGCUGUGCACAAUGGAAAGUCAUACGUCGAUGUUGCGGUAACGGAAGAGAUGGUCGGACACAAGCUUGGUGAAUAUGUUGCGACCCGCAAGCGCUUCACCUACAAGCAGUCUAAGAACAAAUAA